UCCAGCGAUUUACAUACUGGAGAGCAGAGCAGGGAGCUUUGGCUGUCUGGCAUACCUGCUUUGAAUGAUGAAAAACCUUCUUCUCCAGCAUUCCUUUGUUUUAAAGGAGAGCUGCUGGCCUGCCUUGCCAGCUGAGCUUUCUGUGCCUGCACUGAAAGAACAGCCUUCCUCCUGGAAGAAGCAGUUUUCUGCAGUUGAAAUCUUAGUGCAGAAGUGUGGAAGAAAUCUGCUGUUCUGAGAGCAGCCUGGCUGUUCCUGAACAUUGAGUUUGUGCUCCCUGGCAGUGACUUGGACUUGUGAAAACACAGCUGAGUUGCUCAGAAAAAGAACAGACCUUUCCUUCAGUCCUUCACUUGGGUUUCCGUUUGCAUCGGUGCCUUGCAGAGCAUUGCAGGCAUGCGCCCUCUUGCUGCCUCGUCCAAGACCAGGAUGAGGAGUUGAGGAGGUGCUGCCAAGGUUAACAGGCAGUAAAGGAGCAGGUACAUGGUCAAGGAGUGCCAGGAUAUCUUUCUCUCUGAAGGAGGCUGAAGCACUCUGCGCUGUUUAUUCCUCCCCUCCUGGUUCCGGGGAGGUGGUGUGCAGUCUGGGGGCAGCAAAUGCGCAUGGGAAGAGGCAAGGCUGAGGGGGAGCUUUGGCUCGUUUGCAGGGAAAACAUCUUUCUGUUGUUCUGCAUGAAACCCAGGCAGAAAUAACCACUGAUACUGCUUGUUCAGCAGAGAUUUAUGCUGUCUUUCCUUCAGAGAUCCAGUGGAAGAAGCUGCCUUCCAAACUACGCUGCUCACAGGAGCUGCUUCUCUCAGCUGUCAAGGCCUCUGAGCUGUUGCUGAGGGGAAGAGGACAGGGCUGCCUGGAGCAAUGUCCAACGACCCCCCCCCUCCCUACCCGGGGGGCCCCUCGGCUCCGCUGAUAGAAGAGAAGCACGGCCCACCCUCUGCACCAGAGGGUGUCACCCCAGUGGUGGGACAGCCCCAGGGGGUUCCCAUUCCCCCUCCUGAGUUCGGACCUCCCCCAUAUGAGCCACCCUCACAGCCGGGGUUUGUGCCCCCCCACAUGCCCACUGAUGGCUCUGGGCCCUAUGUGCCACCAGCAGGCUAUUACCCACCCCCAGGCCCUCACCCUCCCAUGGGCUACUACCCUGCCCCCGGCCCCUACCCCUCUCCUGGGGGCCACACGGCCACAGUGCUCGUCCCGCCUGGAGCCGCCACCACAGUCACAGUGCUGCAGGGAGAGAUCUUCCAGGGUGCCCCCGUGCAGACCGUGUGUCCCCACUGCCAGCAAGCCAUCACCACCAAGAUCUCCUACGAGAUUGGGCUCAUGAGCUUCCUUCUUGGCUUCUUCUGCUGCUUCGUGGGGUGUGAUCUCUGCUGCUGCCUGAUCCCCUGCCUGUUCGAUGACUUCAAGGACGUGACACACACCUGUCCCAACUGCAAGGCCUACAUCUACACGUACAAGCGCAUGUGCUAACAGCACCCGGGAGCCCCCGCGCACCACCGGGCCUGUCCCGCCGCGUCCGUCUCCGCCUGCAUCACUCCUCGCUUCCCUGCCGGUGUGUGUGUGUGUGUGAUCCCCGGCUCCCUCCCUGCAGAGCUGCCACCACCUGCCCCCAGCUCUGCUCCUCACUGCAAUAGUUGGAUUGGUGACACUGGUGCACAGGGGAGUGGGCCCAGGCCCCAGACGCGAUGUGGGGGGCAGCACUCUGCACCCCGUUAUGCUCCAGGGUGUGAGCGAGGCCCCUCGCACCUGGAGCAACCCUGGGAAAAGCAGCAGCUGCUGGAGGUGCCCACCGCAGUCCCACAGUGCAGUGGGUGCCUGGCUGCAGGGAGAUGCUGAGACAGGAGCCCAGGAGGGGACCCAAGCAGGCCAUGGUGCCCUCAGGGGAUGCAGCACAGCCUUUGCGGCACUUUGAGGAAGGGGUUCAGUGGCAAGGAGACAGGACAGUGCCACAGACCAGGUGUCCGUGUGGUUCGCAGCCCCCUCCAGCCCGGUGGCAAAGCCCCUUCCCGAGGGGAGGUAGAGCUGCCUCUGAGCACGGAGAGGAGCCCGGCAGCAGCACUGCACCCUUAUCAGCACCUCCGUCCUGCCCGGUGGCCGCUCCAGCUGCAUGCGCCUCCUCCCAGCCCCUCCCCGGGGGCAGGGACAGCCCCGAGCAGCCCCCGUCCCCCCGGCAACCUGAGAGCCAAAACCGCACCCGGCAUGUCCUGGCUGCCCGGCACGUAGAGUAGAGGAGUUUGUUACCAGGCCCAGCAGGGUCUGUAGGGUCCUCCUUGCAUGUGCUGUAGGGGGUAUUUUUAUCUCACUCCUGUGGGGCCGAAGGAAGGGGCGAGCAGGCACCGACAGGAGCUGCCAGCAGUACUCCCACAGCAGGGGCAGGAGGACCUGGGAGCCAAGUUCAGCCUCUCGGGGCUGCUCCUCGCUCCCCUGGCCCUGCAGCUCCCAGAGUGAAGUGGAGGGGGUCUCUCAGUACACAGGUCUGCAAACACAGCCUGGUCUGUACAGGCAGCUGCUGUUUGCUCAGGGGUGGAACUGUGGCACUGUGGUGUUUUCAUGUAAAUAAAUAACAGACCCUGAA